CUAUUCUUAUCCGCACGCGCCCUGGCCCACGUCGCAGCACUUGCCAGGCUUUCCGCGACGCUUGCGAGCGAGGCCCGUCGAGUCUUCCAUCAUCCCCCUUGGGCUUGCGCUGCCAGCCCAGAAAAACCGGCUGCUCCUCGCUCUAACGCAGUCCGUCCAGUGCUGGAGAUCGACCUGUUCUCUCCAGCAUCGAGAUGUCGCGAUCGUUCCCACGUCAUAGUGACUUUUCCGUCCUGCUGCCCAGUCCGCUACAGCCAGACUAUUGUCUGCAUGUGCCUCACGCCCUGGCGCUCGCAAUCACCGCUGCUGGCGGGUGUGCCUUCAUCCACCAUCCGGCUUGCGUAAUUCGGCCCUGCCGCCCCAUCGUCGCCAUUCCGCCGUCGUGGCGGGCUGAAGCCGCCGUGAGAAAAAAAAAACAGAACCCUGCCCUCCACAAUGUGGAUAAAAGCAGAGUAUUCACGCACAAAACCUUCACAAACCGCAGAUUCAUGACCCAUUCCAGACCCCACCAACGCCGGUGA